AUGAGAAUGAGUUGGAGAAAAGCCAUGAACGGCCGAAUCAUGCCGACCAUCCCUGAGGUCCUUCAUGAGUCUGCCGAGGGCCCGAUGGUGUCAACAAUCAUCACCGGCAAGAAGGACAAGGCCAUUAUAUUGCAUAGCUUCUUGGAUUUCCACCUCCAACCGGCCACAAAGUCAUUUUUUGUUUCCAAGAGCGACGGGAAAGAGAAACAGAUGUACCAGCGCGAGUUCGAGGUGUACGAGCGCUGCGUCGACCGCAAUUUGAAGAAGAUGGGCAUCAAGGUUCCCCAGCUCACCAUGGAGUACUACCCGGUUAUGUGGCAUGAAGGCUGCAUGUCGCACGUCGAGGAGCCUACUAUCGCCCCUAGCGUCUCUCCCUCUCCAUCUUCAUCUUCCUCCACUUCAUCAUCUACCACUCUCAUCGCCGCCGAAGAUUACUAUACCGGUAAACUCAGCAUCAACACUACCAGCAAGAGCGUUUCCAAGUACAUCAACGACAACGAGAAGCAGCAACACCCCAACAACUUCUCACAGCAGCAGUACGUCGCCUCCCUCACCCGCCAGUUCUACCACGACCUCCCGUACUUCCGAACCAUCAUCGCCUCCUUCUGGGGCGCCAACGCCAUCUCCGACGCCGCGGCGACGACGACGCGGUACGCGGCCUCCGUCGAGUGUUUUGCGCGCAUCAUGGGGCACCUGCCGCUCCUUCCCGGCCACGCGGGCUCUUUCACGGAUUAUUUCGGCUUCCAGCUGGUGGAUUACGCGGGACGGAUGAUCACGAUCUUUGAGGCGCUGGAGAGACUGCCGCUGGGGGGGCGGUUGGCUGGCGAUGACAAGAAGGAUCUCAAGAUGACCCUGAUUGUGACCCACAAACUAAAGCAUCUAGAGAAAUACAACAUGGAGCUUUAUGUCCGUGGAUUCUAG